AUGGCUAUGGAAGAAGAGGUGGCAGAACCAUCCUCAGGUUGGAGACUGUUCUUCGAUAGAGCAAUCAAUUACAAAGGAUCAGGCAUUAGCGCAGUGAUAAUAUCAAAAACAGGACAACACUAUCUGAUGGACGCAAAGCUCAACUUCAGAUACAAUGGUGCCAAUCUAAACAGCCAUUUGAUGAAGGACAUCUGUGAACAAUUCAAGAUCACCCACAGAAACUCUAUCGCUUAUCGGCCACAGAUGAAUGAAGCCGUAGAGGCUGCCAACAAGAACAUCAAGAGGAUCUUGAGAAAACUGAUCGACAACUACAAGAAUUGGCACAACCAGUUGCCUUAUGCUUUGUUGUGGUACAGAACGACGACCCGAACUUCCAUCGGGGCAACCCCAUAUCUCCUUCUCUAUGGUAUCGAAGCGGUCAUACCCGCAGAAGUGGAGAUCCUUUCACUCAGGAUCAUACAAGAGGCACAGCUAACUGAUGCAGAAUGGGUCAGAAAUCGCUAUGAGCAACUAGCCAUGAUAGAUGAAAAGAGAAUGGUGGCGGACAGCGAGCACGUCAUCAACUGGCUUACUCAUAGCAAAGGUGAAAGCAAAUUAAGCUAG